AUGGCCGCCAAAGUCAUGCGCUUCAACGUGUCCGAAAAGACGCUGACGUCCGUCGACAAUCUCGAACUGCGGCCCGGCUCUCAACAACACACCAACGCUUUCUGCAAAGUGUUUGGAGACCCGACGAUGAAUGCACCAGGUGACAGCGCUAAGAAGAGGCGAAAGCAGUUUUCCCUGCAAGAAAAGAUGGAUUUGUUGAGGGAACUUGACUCGGGCAAAAAGCAAAUCGACCUCUGCAGGGAGCGUGGCAUUGCCCCGUCAACUGUCGCGACCAUUUGGAAAGACAGAGAAAAUAUUCUGAAGCUUCACCGAGAGUCACAACUUGCACCUACGAGGAAACGGUUGCACCUGGGAAAUUUUCAAGAUGUCGACCAAGCUGUGCUGACCUGGUUUAAAGAUGCCCGGCUGCAAAACAUCCCAGUGUCUGGCCCAAUGCUUCAAGAAAAAGCCCGCGAGUUCGCCGACGCACUUGAAGUAACUGGGUUUGAUGCAAGUGCGGGUUGGCUUUUUCGUUUUCGCCAGAGAAACGGCAUAACCUGGCAGGUAGUCUCAGGUGAAGAAAAGGCUGCGGACAAAGAGGGUGCAGAUUCCUGGCGGAACGAUCGUUUCCGAGAGGUGGCAGAGUCGUACUCCGAAGACGACAUUUUCAACGCGGACGAGACCGCGUGCUUCUACCAGCUCUUGCCAGAUCGGACGAUGCACUUCAAAGGUCAGCAGUGUAAACGAGGCAAGAAGUCGCAUCUCCGCGUGACGGUCUUGCUCUGCUGCAAUGCGUCGGGCACGAAGAAAAUCAAGCCGCUUGUCAUUGGAAAAUACGCAAAGCCUCGUUGCAUGAAGAACGUCGUAUCCCUACCGUUCGACUAUUGUGCGAACAAGCGUGCCUGGAUGACAAGAGAAUUGUUUUCGCAAUGGCUCAUCAAACUCGACGAACAAAUGAGGAAAGAAAAUAGAAAAAUUCUUUUGAUCGUCGACAACUGUUCAGCCCACAUUGUGAAUGUUCGCUUCACGCACGUUUGCCUGGAGUUUCUGCCACCGAACAACACGUCGUUGCUGCAACCACUAGAUCAAGGCAUCAUAAAGAGUGUUAAGGCGGAAUUUCGCAAGCACCUUGUGCAGCGUUUUAUCAUAAAUCUCCGCUUAAAGCAGCCGACAUCAGUCAACGUUCGUCAAGCGGCGGAAAUGCUGACGGGAGCUUGGUGGAACGUGAAUACGUCAACAAUCCGUAACUGUUGGCGAAAAGCAGGCCUAAUCAAGGCGCCUGCCCAAGUUGAAGACAACCUGGAAGAGGACCACAGCAACCCAGGAGACCUGUGGACUGAGGUUGAGGAACUGUUGCCCGACGUCUCUUCCUUCGACGACUACGUGGAGAGCGGCAGCGCAGCACUAACGUCGGCGGACAUGACAACCGAGGAGAUUGUCAACAGCGUUCGCAACGUCUCCAGUGACGACGACGACGACCCGAAGGAAGAGGACUCUGUAUCACCGAACACUGAAGAGGAUGAGACCAUAUCGCACUCGGAUGUUUUAGUGCACAUGAACGAAGUCCGCGCCUACAUUGGCCGGUGCAGUGAUGUGCCCGAUGAGGUGCUACAAGCUAUCAUGAAGCAACCUGUGCCACCAAGACAAACAAAGACCUUGCAGAACGCCGGGUUGCGACAUGUCUACGGUUCUGGCGAAGUCAAGAUCGCCUACCCGCCGGCAGGAGGCGAGGAUGGCAGGGACGCGGUGGGCGCGCAACCACCCGAGUCCGCGGCCCCGGCGCCUCUAUGCGUGAAGAAGGCUCAGCAGCGAGUGCGACGUGAGGCUGCCCUUGAUAAGGUGCCGUUGCCAUUCCGCGGCCACACCAUCACAGAGCGCGACGUGCAUUGCGCGAGGAUGCCCGGCUGCCAGACCCACCUGGGUGAGAGUCGUACAUUUGGUGCCAUCAAGGAAGCAAAAGUGUAUGGCUUCAUCGACAUUGAGAAGGAGGACUGCGUUAACCGUGCCCGAAAGCGCAUGGGGACAGCACCAAGGAAAAAAGUGAAGGCUUGGUGGGAGAGGCCGGCUGACAAAUGA